AUGGCUAAAUGUGCCAAGAAGGCCUGGAUCUUUGGUGAAUACAGGACACGCUAUGGUGACUCCCUGCGGAAAAUGGCAAAGAAAACUGAAAUCAGCCAGCCCGCCAAGUACACUUACUCCUUUUGUGGCAAAACCAAGAUGAGGAGACGAGCUGUGGGGACCAGGCACUGUGGUUCUUCCAUGAAAAUGGUGGCUGGCAGUGUCUGGACCUAUGACACCUCUUCUGCUGUCACGGUGAAGUUUGCCGUCAGAAAGCGGGAGGAAUCGAAAGACCAGCAGAAGCGCCACCGUUUGAGACAUCACUAG